ACGUAGACCCCUACUCGGGCAGAUCACUGGAGCGCCGGCGUUUCAACGCGCCCCCGCCUCCACCGUGUCUGUGCCCGGGCAAGAGCCGUGAUGGCGUAUGCAGACAAAUCGAGGCAGUCGUCGUCAGGCGGCAAGUCCGGCGGCUUCUUCUCUCGUAGCAAACAUCGCAGCGACAAGCGGAAUACUGGCAGCGAAGAGGGUCGAUUUCUUGGGGCCGACGAUGCCUCAUCCAUAUAUUCUCGAGCGUCUCGACAUGUGAGGGAGUCAUCGAUAGUAUCCGUCGACCGCCCUAGCUCCCCAGAAUCCGGCGUCAAUUCUGCAGCACCGAGCAUUUCAGCUGCCCCGUAUGACAGCAGCUUGACAGACCAGCGGAGUCCUGCGUCAAUGGACUAUCUGCCACGCAGCGAUCAGAACCCCAUACGGCGCGAUCCGCUACCGCACCACAACAACGGUCAGCAAUAUACAUCGGCUGACCAAACUAUGGGUCCCCCGCGACAGCCUCCAGGAAGCAACGUGACUAUGGCCUCGACUGGCCGUCAGACGCAGUACCAGCAAUGGGGACCGGCAGGAAAAGGGCCCAUGCCAAGAGGCAGCAAUGCACCAGCGCCUGCGCAGUUUUCAGAGCGUUGGGACUCUCUAGGUCUCCCAUAUGGUUACAACAACAGACCGUCGCGGGAGAGCGACCAAUCUAGCGUAUUCUCAGGUAAUGGAGCUCCUCCCCAAGAUUACGGUUCAACACAGCGCUCAUCCAGACCAGCGAUGCCGAGUGCCACCUCACAGAGUUCCGUGGCCUCUCACCAGUCGCACAGAGAUUCUCAACGAUUCACCAAAUUUCCUGGAACCCAGCCUGCGUUUCAACAAAAUAGCCCAGAAGGAUUUUCUCUCACACGGCCUGACGAUGAUCGUGUCGUGGAACAAAUGUUCUACGAAUUAAUGCAGAAGCGUGCAUGGCACAACUUACCUGAGCAAGCCAAACGCCAGAUGAUGGCAUACCCAGCGUCAAAGAAAUGGACGCUUAUCUAUCAAGACCGUCUCACGGAAUGGCAAGGCGAUCAGAGAAGGCGGCAGACGGCUCGAGUGGGCCAGUAUACCAAUGUCGACGUUACAACAUACUCGGACGAAGAAGGUGCGCCAGAGUGGUAUGUCCGCAAAGUCAUGGAUAACAGCCUGGACUCGAAGGGCAUGGGCAGUCUCGAGGUCAACCUGCGAACUCAGCAAAUUGGCUGGGUGAGGCGAUUCAUCGACUGUCAAGGCCAGGUUGCGCUCACCAACGUCCUUCUCAAGAUCAACCGCAAAACAGCAGUCGGUCCAGCAGCCCCGACUGUUCAGAAGGACAGCGAGAAGAACCUCGACAAAGAAUACGACAUUAUCAAGUGUCUUAAAGCUCUUCUGAACAACAAAUACGGCGCCGACGAUGCCUUGGCGCACCAGCAGGUUGUGGUGGCAUUGGCGACCUCGCUUAUCUCACCACGACUGACAACCAGACGGCUUGUCAGUGAUGUUCUCACAUUCUUGUGCCAUUGGAAAAGCAGUGACCCCUCGAAAGAUACGGACGAUGGUCAUCUCAAGGUCAUCCAGGCUAUGGAUCAAGUACGAGCGCAACAGAACGAGAACGGACGUUUCGACGCCUGGAUGCGCCUUGUGGAGGUCACCGUGGAUGGACGGGGCAAGAUGGGGAGUCUUGUUGGCGCAAGUGAAGAGGUCCGAAGCGGUGGUGUUGGCAUGGAGAACCUGCUGAUGGAAUACGCUGUUGCGACGCUUAUUCUUAUCAACAUGAUCAUCGAUGCUCCGGAGCAUGAUCUUCAGCUUCGUAUGCAUCUCAGGGCGCAGUUUGGGGCCUGCGGCAUCAAGCGCAUCUUGACCAAGAUGGAGGCUUUCCAGUACGACUUGAUCGACAAGCAGAUUGAGCACUACCGGACCAAUGAAGCGAUCGACUAUGAGGACAUGUUGGAGAGAGAGAACAGCAGCAUGAAGGACAGCGUUGAGGGUGAGGUCAAGGAUCUGAACGAUCCAGCACAGAUUGUCGAAGCCAUUCAACAACGCCUUCAGGGCACGAAGACAAACGACUACUUCGUCUCGGCGCUCCAGCACCUCCUUCUCAUCCGUCAGCAACAAGGUGAAGAGCGUUUGAGGAUGUUCCAGCUUGUUGAUUCAAUGCUCAGCUACGUCGCGAUGGACAGGAGGCUCCCGAACAUGGAUCUUAAGCAGAGUCUCAACUUCACGGUGCAAAGUUUACUAGACAAGCUUCACACUGAUUCGGAAGCCAGACAGGCGUUGGAUGAGGCGCUUGAGGCUCGGCAGAUUGCCGAGGCCGCCAUGGCCGAAAGAGAUGAGAUGCGAGCGAGACAGGAACUUGGGGCCGACGGUCUUGUGGCAAAGUUGCAGAAGCAGUUGGACGAGCAAGCUCGGUUUAUCGAGGCUCAGCGGCGGCAAGCGGACGGGCUCAAGGCCGAGGUCGAAAGCAUGCAAGCAGUGCGUGCGAAAGAAGCUCAAAGAUACGAGCUGGAGACGCGAGAACUGUACCUCAUGCUUCGGGACGCUCAGGAUGUCGCGGCCUCGCAGGCUUCCAAGGGAGCUGCCAACAGCAAGGCAGGGGACGACGAUCCGAUCCGCAUGCAAGGUAUCCUGGAUCGCGAGAGGCUCAUGGACCGCCUUGCUAUGCAACUGGAACGGCAAAAGACUCAAUUCAAACUCGAGGGUAGGGUCUGGGGCGAGACUAUCAGUCCGUCAGACAGACUGCGAGCAUUACGCGAAGAAAUGGACGACUUCGUUGCGCCCGAAGGUGCAGGUAUGCCGCCGCCAGGCCUCAGCACAGGCGGUAUGCUCGGAACUGUACAAAGACAAACCAGGAUAUCCAGAAAGCCGGUCGAGUCGCAUGACCGCGAGGAGCCCCGGCCUGAGGAUAUGGAUGGUGACGAUGGCGUGGUAUACGAGAAGCCUAGAAUGGUCGAGAUUCGGCGCCCUGUCAUGGAUCCGCGACAAGCGAGCAACCUCAUGAACGAGAUCCAGGCUAAGGGCCGGAAAUACGACAGCGACCCCGACGAACCCGACGCCAAUGGUGCAGCGGACUCUGACCAGCAACCCAAUGCGGCAGCGGGUGCACCAACCAUCCAGAUCAGCGACGACAAUGGCAUUUCUACAGGUGCUCCCGCACCUCCAGCUCCGCCUAUGCCUGGCAUGGCCGGCGUGCCUCCCCCUCCUCCGCCGCCUCCCCCAAUGCCCGGUAUGGCCGGCGUACCGCCACCGCCUCCGCCGCCCCCGAUGCCGGGCCAGCUGCCCGGGGCUCCUCCUCCACCACCGGCCCCUCCCAUGCCAGGAAUGGCCGGUAUCCCUCCUCCACCACCCCCUCCGCCGCCCAUGCCCGGUAUGAAGGGAAUGCCCCCUCCUCCUCCGCCACCAAUGCCAGGCAUGAAGGGCAUGCCACCACCUCCGCCUCCACCGAUGCCUGGUGCCAUAUCAGGCCAUUUCCUCAGCCAACAGUCUACAUUCUCCCCAGUGCCUGGUAUUGGUCUACCUAUUGUUCGGCCAAAGAAGAAGCUCAAGGCAUUGCACUGGGACAAAGUUGACGCACCGGAGACAAGUCAUUGGGCAGCCCACACUCCCUCCGCCGAAGCAAGAGAGGAGAAAUAUGCCGAGCUCAGCAAGAAGGGCAUUUUGGAUGAGGUCGAAAAGCUUUUCAUGGCCAAGGAAGUCAAGAAAAUUGGCACCGGCACCAGCAAGAAGGACGAGAAGAAACAGAUCAUCUCCUCAGAUCUGCGCAAAGCCUAUGCCAUCGCUUUUGCAAAAUUCAACUCGUACUCAGUCGAGAAGAUCGUGCAGAGUAUCAUUCAUUGCGACCGCGAGUUCCUUACCAACACCGUUGUUAUGGAGUUCCUGUCAAAACCUGAGCUGUGCAAUGUCUCCGACAAUACCUCGAAGCAGAUGGCGCCCUAUAGCAAAGACUGGACGGGCGCUGAUGCCAAGUCAGACAAUCGCGAACAGGAUCCCAGCGAACUUACUCGCGAGGAUCAGAUCUAUCUAUACACUGCUUUCGAGCUACAGCACUACUGGAAGAGCAGGAUGCGUGCGCUUACACUUACACAGACGUACGAAGUCGAGUACGAAGAGCUCACCGAGAAAAUGCGCCAGGUGGUGACUGUUUCCGAGUCGCUGCGAGACUCGGUGUCUCUCAUGAAUGUCCUCGGAUUGAUUCUCGACAUUGGAAACUACAUGAACGACGCGAACAAGCAGGCGCGGGGUUUCAAGUUGAGCUCUCUUGCCCGCCUCGCUAUGGUCAAGGACGACAAGAACGAAUCGACACUAGCCGAUCUCGUGGAGCGCAUUGUCCGCAACCAGUACCCGGAGUGGGAGAGGUUCACUGAUGAUAUCAACGAGGUCAUUGCAGCUCGGAAGCUCAACAUCGAACAACUCCAGACCGACGCCAAGAAGUACAUCGACAAUGUGAAGAACAUCCAAAUGUCGCUUGACAGUGGCAAUUUGAGCGAUCCGAAGAAGUUUCAUCCCCAGGACCGCGUAUCGGGCAUCGUUCAACGCUGCAUGAAAGAGGCCCGACGCAAGGCGGAGCAAAUGACCUUGUACCUCGAGGAGAUGGUGCGCACGUAUGACGACAUUAUGGUGUUUUAUGGUGAAGAUCCUACAGAUGAGAACGCUCGCCGCGAUUUCUUCUCCAAACUCGCCUUGUUCGUCCAAGAAUGGAAGAGGAGUAGGGACAAGAACGUCGAGUACGAGGCACUCCGCCGCCGCAACGAGGCAAGCAUGAAACGCAAGCAGGCAGCGCUCAAAUUAGGUGCGGAUGGCGAGACCCCGCCUCCAUCACCAGCAUCCGCAGGCGCCAUGGACGACUUGCUCAAGAAGCUGCGCGACGCCGCACCACAAACCAGAGAUCAGCGCGAUCGCAGGAGGCGUGCCCGCCUCAAGGACCGCCACCAGGUGCGAAUCGCGUCCGGGCAGAAGAUUCCCGACCUUAACGAGAUACCCGAGGCCGAAGCAGUGCUCAACAAGGACGGCGGGCCUGCAGCCACGGAUUCGGAUGGCAACCCCCUUAGCCCUGGGAUGCCACCAAACGGCGAGAGCGCGGCGAAAUCCGAGGACGGCGACGACAGUCUCGCGCAACGCGCCGCCAUGCUCUUGCAGGACAUGCGCAGCGGUGAUGGUGCUGGAGACGACGGCGAGUCCAAGGAGGAAAGAGAUAACCUGCGCAGAUCCGCCGCCGAGGAGAGGCGGGCGCGGAGGCGUAGGGUAAAAGGCAGCUCAAACAGCACCGGUAAUGCCGAGGCAGACGAAGGCGCUGCAGAAGCUGCCCCGGAAGAGAAGCCUGCUACGGCGCCAUCUGAGGAGUGAGUGAGAGAUGGCAAAUACACAAAGGGGGUUGACUCUUAGAGACCUUCAAGCAGGAGUGCUUGGGAGCAUUGAUAUCCACGCAAGAGCCAUUUAAUGUUUAACAGCAUGCCAUCAACAAUGGAAGUGCCCAUCUGGCCGUCCCUCAUCUUGGAUGAGUAUCUCUAUAUACAUGUAUUGUGGCUACACGAUCGGGCUACGUAUCCCAGGCACGUAGUGCUGCAUGCUGGGCAAAGCCGGGAGGGGUGUAGAAG